CAUCUUUUUGGUAUGAAAAGAAUUCUAUGGUUAAUUUUGUUUUUAAUUUUCCACUGUUUACAUUUUAGGUGGGUUUUUCAGCCAAAAUUUUGAUUGAAACAGAGGCAACAAUGGGUUUGACGGUGUCACGGCUAAUGAGAUUGUUUUAUGCGAAGAAAGAAAUGAGGAUCCUCAUGGUGGGUCUUGAUGCAGCUGGGAAAACAACAAUACUCUAUAAACUUAAACUGGGAGAAAUCGUCACUACAAUACCCACAAUAGGCUUCAAUGUGGAGACUGUUGAGUACAAAAAUGUCAGCUUCACCGUCUGGGAUGUUGGAGGGCAGGACAAGAUUCGACCAUUGUGGAGACACUAUUUUCAGAACACACAAGGUCUUAUCUUUGUGGUAGACAGUAACGAUAGAGACAGAAUUUUGGAAGCCAGAGACGAAUUGCACAGAAUGCUAAGUGAGGAUGAACUUCGCGAUGCUACAGUUCUGGUGUUUGCCAAUAAGCAAGACCUUCCUAAUGCUUUAAGUGUUGCGGAAAUUACAGACAAACUUGGUUUACAUUCACUUCGCCUGCGUCGCUGGUUCAUCCAACCAACCUGUGCCACAUCUGGGCUAGGACUCUACGAAGGGUUGGAUUGGUUAUCCAGUCACAUAUCUAACAAGACAAGAUGAACCAGGAUUUGACUGCUUUUCUGAUCUUCAAUGAUAUGAAUGCUCAGACUCUAUUAUAUAUAUAGUUUGAUAAUAGACAUAAAUGAGUUUUAUUGUAUCUGUUAUUUGUUGAACUUCGAACUACUUAUGAUGUCAAUCACUGUGAUAUAUGUAUGACAUAGCCGUUCAAGGCAUUUAAGUACAUAAGUUAUGAGGAGUAUUAUG